AUGGCGAUGGCGAAUGGGCUGCUAGCCAACGAUGUGCUGUUGUGGAAGGCCAUUGGCGCGGCGGUGUGGGCGGCAGCCAUCGCCGUUGCCGCCUCGGGAGCCCUGGGGCUGAUGCUGUCCCCUGCCACCCUGUUCUCCCCUGCUCGCCUGGUGGGCGGCUCAUUCAGCCUGUCCGCCUGGCUGUCAGCAACAGCGCUGGUUCUGGCGCAAGCCCCCGCAUUUGCUGGUGCGGCGGCCGCGCUGCGUGCCUGCGAGCCGCGCCCAGCGCACCUGCACAGGCUGCUGCACUGGCCACGCUGCGCUCCCGCCUCCAUGCUGAUCGGCAAGCUGGCGGCGCGGCUGGGCAGCGUGGCAGAUGCUGCAAGCACCGCCGCCUUUUUCGCCACACACGCUCUCUCCGCUGCUCUCUUCCUUUCCGUCUUUGCCGCCGCUAUGGGCAACGCUAUGGGAGGUGCCAGGUCGACCCUGCAGUACAGCCUGUGGCUGGCGACGGCUUACCUGCUGCACUGGGUCCACUGCAGCCAGGACGUUCUGGCCUUCCCAUCGGUGCAGCGCCACCGUUACUUCCGAAUGAAGCAGCGCCUGCCGAGGGCGGCGGUGCAGGCGGCCCAGCUGGCUGCCGCCGCCUUUUCCUGCGCUGUGACCACCUCACUGCUGCGCAGCAAUGUGCUGGGGGAGGCCUCGCCCGGCGCCUCUGGAGCGCCGCUGACGCUGGGUGGUGGCACGGCGGCGCUGCUGGCCGGUGCCCUCUGCACCUUUUGCUGGCUUAUGAGCUCCGCAGCUCUGGAGGUGGUGUUUACCGAGCGCUUGCGCCCAGAUGACUACUCGGAUCGAGAUGUGCUGCGCGCCAUGGUGGCCUGCCUGGCGGGCAAGCGGGGCGGUCUGAUGCAGGGCCUGGCGCUGCACGAUGCCAGCCUGCUGGCGGGCGACGUGGGCAGGGCGGCGCUGCGGCGGGCCGACAUGUUUGCUGACGAAAGCGGGGACAGGUGGAAGCCAGUGGCUGUGGCGUGCAUUGCUGAGCUGGAUGCGGUGUCGGCGGCCGUGGGGGCGGCGCUGCAGCAGCAGAAGCCGGCGGGAGGCGCGGCCGGCAUGCCCUCGGCUGCCACUCAGAGUCACAAGUGGAACGGAGGGCUGGGCAGCAGCAAGCAGCAGCUGGACGCGCUGCUGGCGGUGCGCUGCGGGUACCCGCGCGCCGCGCAGGCGGCGCAGGCGCUGGCGGGCUUUGCAUGCGCCUCGCUCAAGGAAGACCGCUUUGGGGUGCUGCAGCUGACGCAGCCCGGACUGGGCGAUGUGCUGCUGUGCCUGCUAGGUGCGCUGGGCGCCACCCAGCAGCUGAUGCGCGUCACCGCCAGUCUGGUGCCCCGCCAGCUCAGCCUGGGCCCCUGGAGGGGCAAUGGCGACGCGGCGGCCUGGGCAGGCUGCUACAGCUCUCCAUCUGUGGAUGCUGCCGCGUACGCGCUGCAGGACACGCUGACCGUUGCGCUGUACCGCACCAGUACCACGUUUGGGGCUGGGCUGGGCAAGGUCCUGGCCGACUGCACCGGCAAGCCCGCGUACGGGAGCGCAUCCGAGGCGGCGGCGCUGCUGCAGCAGUUCCAACGGGGCCAGGCGUGA